AUGGACACACCACAGCCUAAUGACUUGAUAGAUACACAAGAUGUCAUAAUCCUGCACGAGAUGUCCGGAUGCAUCGUUAAAAAGUACCACGAUAAUACAGUCAUUAAGAAGGGCAGGCGGAUCAACCUUGAUGAGCAGUCAGCACUGGAUCUAGCAGCAAAUUUACACCUCCCUGUCCCUCGGGUGUAUGAAGCGCGAAGUGACCCUUCCGAUGGAGAAGCCAGCAUCCGAAUGGAUUUCAUCCCCGGCGAAAACCUCGAGUCAGUUUGGCCCAGCAUGACGGCCGAGGUGAAAGACGAAAUCUGCCAACAGCUACGAGAGAUUUUGACAACGAUGCGGUCUGUUCCUUGGACGAACGGGCUCAUCGGAUCUUGUUCUGGUGAAACGGCACAAGACUGCCGACAGUACACUGACUAUCGCGGUGGCCCGUUCUUGGAUGAGGCAAGCUUCAACUCGUUCUAUUUUGAUCUAGUCAAGACAAUUCCAGAUCCCAUACGUGAUGCGCUAAGCCAACAACUUCGUAGCGACCAUCGCAUUGUCUUUUCACAUGGCGAUCUGUCACAACACAAUAUUUUGGUCAAGGACGGCCAGAUAACGGGAUUGCUGGAUUGGGAGUACGCUGGUUGGUAUCCUGAGUACUGGGAUUACAUCAAAUUCUUUGAACGGCCUUGCAAAAACCGAGAUUGGAAGAAUUAUGCCAGGAGAAUAUUUCCUCAAUCUUAUGAUACCGAACUAGCCUAUCACCAAGCUAUCCUGAGAUGGCAGCGUCCUUAA